AAUCGGAUAUCAAAGGCUGCCGUCAUGGCCUCAGUGUUCUCAUCAGUGCACUCCCUCAUGGAGAUGUUUAACGGGAAAAUGCAGGAGUUUAUCAGUGAGAUUGAUAACGUUCACAUCGUUUGGCUUGAAGAAAUCCAGCAAGAAGCAAACCGCAUGUUCUCAAGAGACUUUAAUACAGAACCAGAAUUAAUGCCAAAAACACCAUCACAGAGGACGAAAAGUCGCCGGAAGCGCAUAUCCACAGGGCGCCAGGAGGAAAGUCAAGCAAGCAGAUUAUCCAAAGGAAGGCGCAGUAACCUUCGUGGCUCUGUUGUGAAACCAAUAAAUUUUAUUGCUAAAGAGGAAGCCAUCCCUGAGGCGUCGACUUCUGCAGCCAGUUGUGAGUCGAGGCCGAAACGCACAACCCGUAAAAAUAAACAAACGCAGCCCGAGGUGGCAGACAGUGACGGCCAGUUGCCAUGUGAUAGCAGUGAAACAGAAGAAGUGCUGAAAAAAGAGCAAACGGAGGAAAAUCAGAAUGUUUCCGAUAUCAAACCAAAUUGUGUUAAUAGCACCUCCCAGUCUCCCCCUAAGAUACCUUCACCUGAGGUAGCUGUCAGGAUCUCAGCUGAGGAGCGCUUGUCUGCUGAGUUCGCCAAGGAGGCAGUGGCCUCUACAGGCCGUGCAGCUACAAAGAUUGCAAUAGCUGAAAAGGCUAAAAACUCAGGGCGGUGCUCGCUCAAGCUUCGUUACUCACUGGCUGGUAUUCGGCACAGCAUGACACAAGAAGCUGUUCGCCGUUCUUCACGCCGCUCAAUGCUCAAGAAGAGGAAGACGGCUCGCAAGAGCAACUCUUCAUGCACCAGCAGUGUCACUGCUGAGGACUCUUCCAUGGAUACUGUAGAUGAGGAGGAUGGAAAAGUCAUACCUGAGGUUUCACCUGCAGACCUGGUGGAUAACAGCCCUCCUAAAACAUCAAAGGAAAAUUCACAGAUGCUUCAAACAAAUCAGCAUGCUGUUCCAUAUUUUGAACGCAUCACUCGCUCUGUGGCUGCCAACUCUCCCAAACUGGCCCCCCCUUCAUUGUUUAGCCCUGAGCUAAAAGUGAGCACUCCAGUUAAAUCGGCAGCUGAGAAACGGCAAACUGUCCGAAGGUCAAGCCGCAGUACUAAACGUAAAGCACCAGAUACUGUAGAAAACAGUCCUUCAAAGCGGUUCUCACCCCCCAAGAAAAGUCAAAGUACGAUCAAGCCCAACAUGAGAUCUUUCCUUCACACUGUGCAAAAGAAUCAGAUGCUCAUGAUGACUCCAAACUCCUCUGGCCGAGCCGGUGUCAUUAGGUCUUUCAUCAAACACACCACUCCUGUGAAAGUUGAUCAUAAAACAAAAGAGCGUCACAAGUUGGAAGCGCUCAAGAAGAAGCAGGAGCAAGAAGAAGAAAGGAUGAGGAAGAUGGAGGAAGAGAAGAAACGCAAACAAGAAGAACUUAAGAGGAAGAGAGAUGAGAGGAUAAGAAGGGUGUUUGAGGCCAAAGUUAAAGAAGAGCAGAGGGAGGUAGAAAAGAAAAAAAAGAUUGAGCAAAAGAUGGCUCAGAUUGAUGAGAAAAAUGAAAAGCGUCUAGCAGAGGAGAAGAAGAAGUUGGCCUUGAAGCGGCAGGAGGAGCUGGAGCAGAAGAGGAAGCUGGAAGAGGAGGCCAAAAAGAAGAAAAUUCAGCAAGCUGAGGAAGAGAAGCGACAGCAGGAGCUGGCAGCUAAGAAGAAAGCGGAGGAGGAGGAACAAGCUCGCAAAGAGCUGGAGCUAAAGAUGGAGCAAGAGCGUGAGAGGGAGCGAAAGCUGGAGCAAGAACGACAAGAUGCUGCUGAAAGGGAGAGGCUGAAAAAGGAGAAGGCUCUUGCUUUACAACGUGAACUAGAAAAGGCAGCAAGAGAGAAAGAAAUGAGGGACUUGGAGGAAAAAAGAAAGGCGCUUGAGGAAAAAAGAAAACUGGAGGAGCAGCAGAGGCUGGCUGCUAAAGAGCAGGCUCUUAAAGAGAGAGAAGAGAAGCAGAAAGAAGCUGAAACUAAACUGACUUCAAACUUAAAUGCAACUUUUAACGUGGAGAACUCUGUAUUGAGCACACCUGUAGGAAAAGGUGGUGGUCUAAAUGUCACUGUGGAUUUGAAGCCACACUCACCACAGUACGCCAUCACUCCGAACGGUGUAAUCAAAACCUCCAAGGACUUGGAUGAUUACGGAAUGGACCAAAACAGUGACGACUCUACAGAUGAUGAGUCGGCCCCGAGGAAGCCGAUCCCAUCCUGGGCAGAAGGUCCAAAGCUGAAGCAGAUCCUUGUCAAGCAGUACUUCAAUCCUCCAAAUUUGUACUCUUGUUUGGGAGAUAUAGAACCACUAAGACUGGAGAAAAUUUUUUAUAAAAGCAAACCUCGAUAUUUCAAACGCACCAGCUCUGCUGUGUGGCACUCGCCUCCAUCUGGAGCAAAGUAAUGUUUUUAUAUAGAUGCUGGCUGAUUCUGUUUUAUAAUGAUUCUGUUUU